ACAUUUCUAUUGAACUUAAUUGGGUCCUUGUCAUUUUAUUUACAGAGGAUGCAAAGUUUUAUCAGAAAAUGUUUGGAAAAAGCUCAUGAAUACCAGUACUCCUCAUUGGCAUUCCCUGCUCUUGGAACUGGAAACCUUUCUUUCCCAUCAAAAGUUGUUGCUGAAAUAGCUAAAGAAACAAUAGAAGAAUUUGAAGGUGCCCAUGAGACUACAACAAUUAAAACAAUUGCUUUCAUUAUCUAUGUGAAAGAUGAAGACACCUUCAAGGUGUUUCAAGAUAUAUUGGAAACAAAGAAAAUAAAUGAGAAGCGGGAAUCAAUUGAACUGACUGGAGAAACUUUGCAAUGGCUAUGUGUGUAUGGGGACAAAGAUGAUGUUACUAGAACAAUGAAUGAAUUGAAUGAAUAUUUCCAGGCAGGAAUUUUGAAGGUGCAGAAAUCAUCCUUGAAAGAGCCUGAAGUUCAGGAGAUGAUUGACAGAGGAUCUGACGUUCAAGCAGAACUAAAUCCAAACAAGUCUGUCAGUAUGAUGGCAGAGUCUGAUGAUACAAAGUGUUGCUUAAUUGCAAAAUUCAGCGAUAGGAGUCUCCUUUAUGAAAGUCCAUCACUGAAGAAUAUUACAUUGAAAACUCUCAUUUGUCCAUACAAGAAAGAAUAUGAAGCUCUUUUGAUUUUCAACAGUUGUAAGG